AUGAAAAAUACUUGCAUGGAUUUCUUAGAACAAAUAUCGGACAAUAAUAUUUAUAAAUUUCCUCCUGUGCGCUUUUUACUAGAACUGGAUGUUAUGGAGUUGAGUGAUAAAUUUCCCGACUUGGAACUGUUCUUGGUUGACGAACCGUUGAAAUUUAAUAAAGUAUGUAAUGAAAUUUUGUUUGCAUGCCUCAGGUCGAUAGAUAACGACUUUAAGCAAUUUAUUCAGUCAUCGCAGGUUGCUGUUACAAUCAGACUAAAAAGUUUACCACGUGUUUUAUCUCGAUCGACGAGCAACAGAUACGGAGGUAUCGUAUCGUUUAACGGAUUGCUUUUAGCGAUCUCAAAAUUAACUUGUUACGUAUUCCACACUGUUUGGUCUUGUCCGGAAGAAUGUGAGGGAAAUGAAAUAGUUCUGCGUUAUAUACCAAAAGUACCGCCGAAAUGUUACGUUUGCAAAAGCGUCUUGUUUGAAAACAGUGGAUUGAGGAGAUGUGGCGAGCAAGUAGAAGCAACAUUUAAAUUGAAAAAUGAAAUGCUUUGCAAAAAAAUUGUUAUAACCGAUGAUCUUAUUAAAUUAUUAAACUUAGGUGAUACUUACGUUAUUCAUGCGGUAGUUUUGAAAAAAACGGUAGCCGUGUGGUCGUUGGAAAAGCACAUACAAUGGGCUGCUCCUCAAAGCUAUUCAACGCCAGUUGACAUAAAAGAUUUGUACACAGCGUGCGAUGGUAGCCCUUGGAAAUUUAUAUACUGUCUAGCUUCCAGCAUUGGAAUACAUGUUUGUCCUUUAAAUUGUUUUAUGAACGUGAAAAUUAAUUUACUGCUGAGUUUAACGAGUGUUAAAGCGCACUUGUAUACUGGGUCCAGAAUAUUGCACUUUUUGGGUGCAGGCUAUGACACUGGUUAUGUAGGUAAAUUAAUGCAUGAAGCAGCAAUUUUAGCUGAUCGUCACGUAGUUUUGGGAACUUCAAAUUCGUCUGCAACGACGUCUCUUACGGCUGCUUCAGGGGGUAUUUGCUUAAUGCCGUUACCUCUGCAAAUUUACGGUCAAAAACAAAUUAAUUCAAUUCUAUCAUCAAUAGAAACAGACGACGUACAAAGCGAAACCAGUAAAACUAAACUAAAAUGCGCUGUGUGGGCACACGGAAUGGAUUUCAAGAAAAUAACUUUGUAUAAUAUUGCAAGUGUAUUUGGAUUAGUUUGUCGCGGAGACUUGGGUGAAUUUGCUGAUGAUAUAAGCGAUUUUAUUCUGCAAGAAGCUAUAUCCCCGUCUGAAACAACUAUGGAAGAAAAGCGGGCUCUUAAAGAUGUGACAGAGCACAUAGAUUUAGUAGCAGGUAUAAUGGUUAAUUUGAGUGAGGAAUCGGAGAAUCUUUUGCAAAGUUACUUCUUGGCAGCUCGUAAGGAAAGGCCAAAAGCUGUUACUGUAGCUUGUAUGUCAGCUUUGGUGACUGUAUGCUUAACGUCAGCGAGGAUUUGUCGUCGCAACGUAACUAACAUCGAAGACGCCGUGUUUGCAAUUUGGUUGCAUGUAUGUGGUGGGCCCGAACCGAGAUUCGCACCGGAUGAAUAUUUAGAUACUCCAGCAGAUAUAAAGAAACUUCACAAAAUUAUAAAUAACUUCAAAAUGUGGCUGGAACAAUUUACUGGUGUUUUUAUGUAAAACUUUUUUGUUAAUUGGUAUACUUAAUAAAACUACAUUUUUAAGAAAUCUAUAUAAUUUAUUAAUUUCGU